AUGUUCACGUUCCUUCCUUUGGACUUGACUCCCGAAUUGCGACAAAUUCGGUUCCUGAACCUGCUCCCCGCUUCCUCCUUUGAUGCCGCGAUCAGUUGCACGAUUUUCAAUGGCUCUCUCGAAGCGCCUCCUCACUACGAAGCCCUCUCCUAUGUCUGGGGAACGGAGUCAGAUAAAUUGAAAAUCAACCUGGUGUAUGAUGAUGCGCAAGAAAACGCAGCAUGUAAGGCAGACAUUGAGGAUACCGGUCUCAACCUCGAAGUGACGCAAAACCUGGCUUCUGCACUCCGCCAUAUCAGAGACGUCAAGUCAUCGCGAAUUUUGUGGAUAGAUGCAAUAUGCAUCGAUCAAAAUUCAACAAAGGAGAAGUCACACCAAGUAGCGCAGAUGCGACAGGUCUACCUCUCAGCACACCGAGUAAUCAUGUGGCUUGGUCCAGAAAGCUCAUUUUCCAGCUCUCUUGCUAUCGAAUUCCUCCGUAGCAUGCCCAUGGGAAAAGACGGAGAACCUCAGUACGUCUAUCAGGAAGCUGAUAGUCCCGCUUGGCUGGCAUGCGAUGAUCUUUUUCUCAAGCGGCCAUAUUGGAGCCGCUCGUGGAUCUUGCAGGAGGUACUUCAUAACAGACCUGUGACUGUGCAUGUAGGACAGAACACUCUAGAAAUCGAUCCAUUCUUUGAUCUUUUCAACAAGUACUUUACCCUCCGCAAGGUCUUGUCCAGCCUGUCAAUGAGCGGCUUGUCUGCAGAAGAACAAAAGCAGCUUUCCAAAGACCCAGAGAAAUUGAAGAAGGUGCUUGCGAAUGAUCAGUGGUUUCGGGAAUUUGGAGCUACAGAGUCCAUGCCGGCUUCUCUAGUGUACUUUCGCCCUCUAUUUCAAAAUCCUAAAUACCUCCCACGUCUCGGCUAUUUACUGAACACCUUUCGAGAUCAGCUGGCAACUGUUCCUAAAGAUAAGAUAUACUCUCUAUCUGGAAUGGCGGAGCAAGAGUACGAUAUUGAGAUCAAUUAUAACGAAGAUCCUGCAAAAGGUGCAACCCUUUCAACCCGAGAGCUGUACAUGCAGACAACGAGGCAAUUGCUAGCCAAGGUGCUGGUCGUGCUCCUGUGGAUUGAAUCUCCACAAAGGAAGAUUGAAAGUGGACUAGAUGGUAUACGCUUGCCUUCUUGGGUGCCCGGUUUUAUGACGGAGCAGCAUUUGAAUGCGAGGUGCUUGUACACGAAAAGCCCAUUGUUUUGUGCUUCGAAAGAUUUUCCAGGUGGAAUGUGGAGAGAUCAAUCUACCGAUAAAGAGGAUGCUCUCAAGAAGAGUGGCAUCUUCACUAUAAGAGGCGUCCGUGUUGGGCGUAUUCGAAACGUAAAAGAAGUGCACGCUACAACAAAGUGGUCUGAUGUUGAAACCGCACAGGGCUGGGACAAGCUGAGACUGUUUUGGUACGAACCUAUAAGACACGUUAAUGGUAUGGAUUUAGAGAUCUCGAAUGAAGCUGUGCCUGAAGAUGUCAUGAAAUCAGCGACCUUCGAGAACACUAGUUGGGGUCCUUGUAAGUCAGAGCGAGAAGACAUAAUUGUUGUCGCGGCUGGCAGUAAUAUCCCGCUAGUCCUAAGGAAGAAAGAUGAAAUGUUUCUAUUUGUUGGUGGUUGUUGGUUAGUGAAGUCGCAGAUAAAUCUAACUGAAAUGCUAGAGCCACAAAACACCAGCCAGCAAAAGGGGUUCGAUGAAAUUAUGUACGGCAGCAUUGUCAAGGAGAUAGAGAGUUGUGUCAUAGAGAAGUUCGAUUUAUGUUAG